AUGCUCCCUCAACCCAUAAAUAUCAAGAAGUGGAUAGAAGAGAAUAGUCAUUUGUUGCAGCCACCUGUGAACAACUAUUGUAUCCAUAAAGGUGGGUCUACAGUCAUGCUUGUUGGAGGACCGAACGAAAGAACAGAUUAUCAUAUAAACCAAACCCCGGAAUAUUUUCAUCAAUUGAAAGGUCUGAUGUGUUUAAAGGUUGUAGAUGAUGGCGAAUUUAGAGAUAUUAUUAUCGGAGAGGAUGAUUCUUUCCUUUUACCACCAAAUACGCCGCAUAAUCCUGUUAGAUAUGCUAAUACCAUUGGUUUAGUGGUCGAACAAGAUAGACCAUCCCACUGUGACGAUAAAUUACGCUGGUAUUGUCUGGGUUGUAAGGAAAUUAACCAUGAGGCACAAUUCCACUGUACAGAUUUAGGAACUCAGGUUAAAGAUGCCAUCCUUCUGUAUGAAAAUAAUAUAGAAGCAAGAACUUGUAGCAAGUGUGGAACACUCAACUACUCGAAGCCUCAAUGA